CCUCUCUGGGAUAAUUUGGUUCAAAUUUGACAAGACAGUGGUUUGGGAUGUGGACCUGUUCUAAUGUGAUCUACAAGUUGCCCUUAAAUUUCCCCCUAACUGCCAAAUCGGAAGCGGUGAAUCGGAUGCCAACUUCAGCUUUGUAAUGAUGACCACUUUACCUGGACUUGUCAAAUCUUACAAAAAAUAAUGGUGUUUGACGCCCUCUACAGGUGAGUAGAUGUAUCCUUUCUUGACCCGGAAAUGCAAUUCAUCCUUCUCUGCCACACGUGGGAAAGGAUCAACCAUGGGGAAAUCCAAACAAGUAGGAAACCACAAAAGUGACAAGAAGAAGCACAUUUCAAAGACAUGGAAGACAAAGCGCCGGACUAAAGACCUGGACCAGAUCCACUCAGACAUGAAGCCUGACACAGCAACCAAGCUGCUAAACCAGGAGGUGGACUACGAUGUGACAGGAUGUGCACAACACUACUGCUUACACUGCGCGAGAUAUUUCAUGGAUAUGAGAUCCCUAAAAGAGCACUUCAAAACUAAAGGGCACAAGAAACGGUUGAAACUGCUCAGAGAGGAACCCUACACACAGGCAGAGGCAGAGAGAGCAGCGGGUAUGGGCUCAUACAUUGCUCCAAAAACAGUGGAAGUGAAGACACAGACAGUGGAAGAGGACAUGGACUAAUCAGAAUUUACUUUACUAAAUGAAGAAUGCUUCUUUUUUUCUUUUGCUGUCACAAAUGUUGAUGAGUGCAUUGUUAAACGCUUUUUAUGUGACACACCUAAUUCGUCUGACUCGGUACAGCUGUUGGACUUCUGGCUGUCGCCAGAAUCAGGAAAGCCUUACCUUUUAUACUGGGUAAUGUAAUGCAACAUGUACCGAUGUAAAUAUUGAGUAUGUGUACAACUGCUAAUAAACUAUACCAUAGAGUGGA